AUGGCAUUGACUUAUGCCCAGGCUUUCAGAAUAGCUGCCCCAAACCUACUGGAAACAUGUUAUGCUGAAAGAAUUUCCUUAACUCCUUUUUUUGUGCUUCAUACGUGGUUUUUGUCGAUGAUUCGGGAUGACUUUAGAGGUGGAAAAAUUAAUCUAGAAAAAGCUUAUAAAUUACUUGAAAAAUUAAAUGUUCAAUGCAGUUAUAUUCAUGUGAAAUAUAUAUUUAAGGAUAAUGACAGGCUGAGGCAAGGAAGAAUCACCAUAGAAGAAUUUAGAUCAAUUUAUCGAAUUAUUGCACACAGAGAAGAAAUACUUGAGAUUUUCAACACGUAUUCUGAAAACCGGAAAGUUCUUUUUGAAAGAAAUCUGGUUGAUUUUUUGACACAAGAACAGUAUAUGCUUAACACGAGUAAAAAUUUUGCUUUUGAGAUCAUUGAAAAAUAUGAGCCUAUUAAAGAAGUUAAGGAAGCACGCCAGAUGUCACUAGAAGGUUUUAUAAGAUACCUGUGUUCAUCUGACUGUCAACUGUUUGAUAAUGACUAUGAAAAAGUUUAUCAAGAUAUGACUCAUCCAUUAAAUGAUUAUUUUAUUUCAAGUUCACAUAAUACAUAUUUGAUAUCUGACCAAUUAGUGGGACCAAGUGACAUUUGGGGAUAUGUAAGUGCCCUUGUGAAAGGAUGCCGUUGUCUGGAAAUUGAUUGCUGGGAUGGAUCACAAAAUGAACCUGUUGUAUACCACGGUUAUACACUCACCAGCAAGCUUCUGUUUAAAACUGUUAUACAAGCGAUACACAAAUAUGCAUUUAUAGCUUCUGAUUACCCACUGGUGCUCUCUUUGGAGAAUCACUGCUCCCCUCCCCAACAAGAAGUGAUGGCAGACAAUUUGCAGUUUAUUUUGGGAGAUGCCUUGCUUUCUGAUAUGCUUGAUGACUUUUCAGACCAACUACCUUCACCAGAGGCAUUAAAAUUCAAAAUACUAGUUAGAAACAAGAAAAUAGGAACCUUAGUGGAAACCCGUGAAAGGAGAAAUUCUGAUAAGCAUGGUCAGGUACAGGAAUAUGAAGAAUAUGAAGAGGCAGAAAAAGAAGAGGAAGAGGACAAAAUGAAAGAAUCAGGAGCAUUGACUUUUUUAAAAGACUAUUCAGAAAAGGAAACAGAGCCAAGAAAUUUAGUUAGAUUGCCACUUUUCAGGAAAAAGAGGGUAAAAGUGGCUCUGGCCCUAUCUGAUCUUGUCAUUUAUACUAAAGCUGAGAAGUUUAGAAGCUUUUACCAUUCAAAACUCUAUCAACAAUUUAAUGAAACUAAUUCUAUUGGAGAGUCAGAAGCUCGAAAACUUUCAAAACUUUCAGCCAAUGAUUUUAUUCUUCACACCAGAAAGUUCGUUACCAGAAUAUAUCCCAAAGCAACAAGAGCAGACUCUUCUAAUUUUAAUCCUCAAGAAUUUUGGAAUGUAGGUUGUCAAAUGGUGGCUUUAAAUUUCCAGACCCCUGGUCUGCCUAUGGAUCUUCAAAAUGGGAAAUUUUUGGAUAAUGGUAGUUCUGGAUAUAUUUUGAAACCACAAUUUCUAAGAGAUUAUGAAACAGAGUUUAAUCCAUAUGAAAUACCACAAACCAGUAAUCCAGUUACACUUACGAUAAGGCUCAUCAGCGGUGUCCAGUUGCCUCCCAGUAGUCAUUCAUCAUCUAACAAAGCUGACACAUUAGUGAUUAUAGAAAUUUUUGGUGUUCCAUAUGAUCAAAUGAAACAGCAGACCCGUGUAAUUAAAAGAAAUGCUUUUAGUCCAAGAUGGAAUGAAACAUUCACAUUUGUUAUUCAGGUGCCAGAAUUGGCAUUGAUACGUUUUGUUGUGGAAAAUCAAAAUUUUUUAACAGGAAAUGAAUUUCUUGGGCAAUAUACUUUACCAGUUCUAUGCAUGAGCAAAGGUUACCGCCAUGUUCCUCUGUUUUCCAAAUUUGGUCAGAGUCUUGAGCCUGCUUCACUGUUUACUUAUAUUUGGUAUGUCAGAUAG